GCCUGCAGAAUCACCGUUUAUUCCAAUUGGGCUCUUGAUUGAAAGCUUCCGUGAGCGGUCGUGUUUGGUCCUCUGCUAGUUCCGCAGGUGCUGAAUCGACCGCGGGGCGGAAAUGUUUGAAUGUCUACAGCCAUGGCUUUCCAGUUCGCUACCCGACUCAGCAUUCGCAUAUCUUCUCCCGUGGGCUGCCUGGGUUCCAAUAGCGCACCAUCAUUGCCACCACCGGAACCACCACCACCACCGGAGGCACAUUGCUCUGCGAGCAUCCGACUCUGAGCUUGAUUCGCUUUUGAGGAGCUUUUGCCAUUGAAUCUGCUCCGCACCUCGUGCGUGUGCGCUUGCGCUUGCCGGAAGGUGGAGCUAAUCCUGCACUCGUGAGUGAGCGUUUUUCGAAUUCCGAGCGAUGGCUUCCUCUGCCGCGCUGGUCCUGCCGAGCGCAACUUGUGCACCGUCCGGAUUGCGCCAUCCGCCUGUGGUCAAUGCCUGCGCAGGUGCGCCCUCGGUACCGACAAGCAUAGCCUUCGUCUCUGGAGCUUUUGCCGGACAGCGCGUGUCCCAACGAGUGUGGAAUUCUAGAGUGACCGAGAGGGUCGCGAGCGUCAGCGUGCGAGCAAGCGCUGCCGAGUCCACGAAAGAAUUGGAGCGUUUUUCCGCUAAGGGAGACCUUUUGCUUUCGAUCAAGGAUGCUGGCGGAUUGAAAGGGUUGGGCGACCGCAAAACAGAUUCGUCUGCGAAAAUAGACGUGAACGAGAAGAUUCUUGUCUUGGAACGGAUGAACCCGACACCCCGACCAACAACUUCUCCAUUUCUCGAGGGGCUGUGGGAGUUUCAGUAUGCAGGAGCUCGGAGUCCUGGUCUUGUAGCGGCGAAGAUUCUCCUCAAGAGGUUUCCAUCUGCACUCGCUUCUCUUACAUCCCUCACUCUCACGAUUCUUGACGGGGAGAACGCCAAGGCCACCGGUACUUUGAAAUUCUUCAAUUCAGUGGAGAGUAGUUUCACCUUGACAACGAAGCUUGCUGUCGAGGGCCCAGUGAAACUGAAGGAACAAUAUGUUGAAGGUCUUUUUGCUCCACCAACUGUAACUGAAGGAAACAUUCCGUCACAGUUCAAAGGAAUUGCUGACCAAAUUGCUUCAGCUGUCGAAAGGUUACCAAGUUCAGUGAAAGAAGUUAUAAAUGGUGGAGUUAAGCUGCCCUUGACGAACACAUUUUCACGCGAGCUGCUCAUCUCAUAUCUAGAUGAAGAAGUAAUGGUCGUGCGGGACAAAUCAGGUAUACCAGACGUUCUUGUACGCAUCGAGGCACCAGCCACAGACAUGGCACCUGUAGUUGUUGUACCCGAGUACGUCAGCUGAUAAAACAGACUUAUUCAUACCCUCAAGCAGGGUGUAAUAGCUUUCUGUACAUUAUGAGAGAUCAUCUUUCACCUAGUAGCUUAGUUAUACGAUUGAAACUUUGUGAUUGUGAUAGCACUAGCGGCUCACCGCUGUGGAGCAAAUACUUGUGCUUCUGAUAUAUUGGUAAUACUCACAAAAAAAAAAUGGCCUAAGAUUGUUCUUCGUCUAUCCGACUUCCAGAGUCGGUGUUCCAUAUACUAGAAAACGUUAUGGACCGACAAGCUUCCCCG